UGUCAAUAUUGUCAACAUCGUGAGGUCCAGUUCACUAUGAGCUUUCUUGUGCUUCGUUUGUAAAGUGUGGGUGUUUAAAAAAAAUUAAGAAUUAUAUUGUUGAAGUUAUGGGCUCACUAGGAGCUCUGACUUUCAUUCUUUAAUUAAAACUGUAAUUUUAAAUCACUAAAUAAGACAAUCUUCCCUGGGCUACGAUUAUCUUCAAUUAAGCACAAUUUCUACGAGAACGUGCGACGACAGCCCACCCUUUUUUCGAAAGGGCGGUGCAGAGUGGAAGGGAAGAGAAAAUUUUGAAUAUCGAGCUGAAAAAUUAUUAUUAAAACUGAUAGAUUUUUGAGGGAGAUGAGCGGUCAUGCCGCAGCCGGUCCUGUCGAAAGCAGUCAAGCGGUUCUCGAAAGGAUUCAAGUUACUGUCUUAUCAAAUAUGACAAAAACAACAUCAGUAACACCCACCGCUUCGUCCGUCCCAGAAACAAACCUCGACACCAUGGAGAAGAAUAGAGGAAUAUCAAAUACCCAGAGGGUCUGGACAAGUCUGUUGGCAGGAGCGGCUGCAGGAGCUUUGGCCAAAACAACGAUAGCGCCACUCGAUCGUACAAAAAUUAAUUUUCAAAUAUCAAAGAAGCCAUAUUCAGCAACUGCUGCUAUUGAUUUUAUAGUGAACACUUAUCGUAAUCAUGGUCUUAUAAGUUUAUGGCGAGGAAAUAGUGCAACCAUGGUCAGAAUCAUUCCCUACGCCGCGAUUCAAUUUACAGCACAUGAACAAUGGAAAAGGAUAUUACACGUUAAUGGUCAUGAUUCAUCAUCAGGAAAAAGAUUCUUGGCGGGAUCAUUGGCAGGAGUGACGUCCCAGGGGAUGACGUAUCCAUUGGAUUUGGCGCGAGCGAGAAUGGCUGUGACGGACAAGGACGAAUACAAAACUUUGCGACAGGUUUUCUCUCAAAUCUACAGGCGAGAAGGUGUUUUAGCUUAUUAUCGAGGGUUUACUGCAACGAUAUUGGGGGUCAUUCCAUACGCUGGCUGCAGCUUCUUCACAUAUGACACACUGAAGAAUCUACUGACUGUGCACACAGCAAAUAGUCCUGGAUUUUCGGCGCUUUCUGGUCUGGCAUGCGGUGCCGUUGCUGGGAUGGUGGGACAGACGAGCAGCUAUCCUUUGGACAUCGUUCGCAGGAGGAUACAAACUUCAGCUGUCAAGGGACAACACUACCGGACUGUCAUUAAAACUGCGACCAAGAUUUAUACAGAGGAAGGUAUAAUGGCUUUCUUUAAAGGUUUAAGUAUGAACUGGGUUAAAGGUCCUGUGGCUGUUGGAAUCAGUUUUACAACAUACGAUGUGAUCCGUGAUACGCUUAGAAAAGUCAUAUGUUAAUUUCGAUUUUCUCGAGAGAUUAAUUUACGAGAAAUUAGAAAUUACAAAAACAAAAAGUUAAGUUCCAAAAUUGCCAUUCAAGUUCUAUUUCUUUAUAUAGAAGUAGAUGUAAAUUUUAAAUAAUAAUUGAAGGUUUCAUUAAAAGCUUCAUGUACAUAUUUUUGAAAAAUUUCUGUUAAAAAGAAAAAUUGUUUAUCUAAACUUUUUUGUCAAGUGAUAAAAAAAAAAAUUUCAUAAUGAAAAAAGAAAUUCUGUGAAGAAUUAAUUUGAAAAGAAUGUGUUGUUGUUCUUUUUUUUAAAGAACAUUUAACACACAUUCGAGUGUUACAAAAUUUUGUACAUACACUAUAAAUAAGAAUUAAGUAAAAAGAACUUAGUAUAUUUAUUAUCAAAUGAUUAUUUCGUAAAAUUUAUAAUUAGUUUUAUAUGUUAUUUCUUUAGAAAUAUCAGUUUUAUUAAAUGUUACAUAUUAUUCUUUAUAUAAUAAUCAAACUAUUGAAAAUGUAAACUUUUCCGCAGUACACUGAAAGAUACUGAUUAAUAAUUAUUAUUUAAAGUGUUUUACAAUACGGGAGAAAAAAGGAUACCUAUAGCUAAUUUAAACAAUUUUUAAAAUAAUUUUCAAUACCAAUUUAUGGAAUUAAUAUUUUAAAAUAUCUGAAUUAUUUUUUAUUGUUAUAAGGGUAAGAUUGUUAAACUAAUGGAAGUUUUGUAAGAAAUUUAAAUAUAUUUACGUUUUUUUUUAUAUUAAGAACAUGACUGUCAGGUCAUUUCAUAUGUAAAUAUUCUUCGCAGAUUUUUUCUUUUUGUAAAAUACUUGAAAAAUUAAGCUGAAAUUUUGUGAAUAAUAUUUACAUGUUAAAGCACGUGACUUAACAGUCCACAUGUCCUUAAGUUUUCUUUCAUAGAAACUUUUUAAAAAUUUGAUAAUUAAUUUCUUACAGUGGGCAUUUCAAAUCAAUUUACACUAUAUAUGUAUAUUAAACUGAGACUUUUAACUGACAAUAUCUUGCUAUUGCACAACUUUGAUUAUGACUUUAAUGUUGGUGAUUGGAUAUAAUUUUUCUAAUGAAUAUGUUUGUUAUCGUUUUUCAUCGAACAUUAAAAAAAAAUUGCAAUAUUUUUA